AUGCUUCAGAUACUGUGUCACCUUAGAGCACAUGUACUACAAGCAAAUUCGAUUUGGAUGCGUAGAAUGGCGACUCUGCAGCAAGUAAUACGUGGAUGCCGCGUACCACGUGCACCGCAGCGUCCAAGUGCACCACGGCUCAAUGGAGCACCGCUACGGCGUGCAGUCUGUGACAGGGUUUUUACGAUGAAGCCUAAGAAGCCAAAUUCAGCACAACGUAAGGUUGCACGGGUACGUUUGUCGUGUGGAAGGAAAGUGGUUGCAUAUAUCCCUGGAGAAGGACAUAAUGUCCAAGAACAUGCAGUUGUAGUAUUACGGGGAGGACGAGUACAGGACCUGCCAGGAGUACGGUAUCAUAUAGUACGGGGAGCAGGAGAUGUACAGGGAGUGGUGGAGAGACGUAAGGAUCAAUGGAAAGAAGCAGUACUGAGGAGAUAG